AUGGCGCUGCUAGAGGGCGUGAUCGCAUUCGACAGGUCCGUCGCGUCGCUCCCGUGGACCAGCCGCGAAGCAGUCACCGAUCUUUUCCGCGCGCAGCUGAAUGGACCAUCCGCGGAUGCUCAGCUGAGCGGACAACCCGCGGAUGGCGUCGUGUCGUCCGGCGCAACCAAGAUGACACAAAGCCUGGAGCGUAGCGGGAGUGAACGCGACAAGAACAACGGCGGUACUAUUGACAGCCCGAAAGAUAUGAACGGAGAUCAAGUCAAGGACGGCAUCGGAAAAGUCGGAAGCAAUGGUGGCAUGGCGGGCGAUAAUGAAGCGGUGGUGGAGUAUUGGAGCGCGCAGAUGGCGGGGCUGCUGGAGGAUCUGCGCUCCGUGCGGAUUGGCGGCGCUGCGGAGAAAACGGGCGGCGUUAAAGACAAAUCUGCGGGCCAUGGGCCCAAGGACAUGCGAUGGAAGCCGUGCGAGCAAGCAGCAGAGUACCGCACGCUGCACCGCCCGGGGCCCAACGGCACGGCGGUCCACACGACGUGCAUUGAGGGCGUCGUGCAUGCCCCGGCCGAUGCCGCUCUUGCCAUGUCCUGCGACGCUCCUUUCUUCAAGGAGUGGUGGCCCAACGUCAGCAUGCCGUCGCACCGCUGUGAGGAGUCGAGGUACAUCAAGCGCGUGGGCGAGAACUUCCACCUCUCCUUCAUGCGGUUCAAGGUGCCAUGGCCGCUACCCCCGCAGGAGUUUGCGCUCAUCUUUGUGACAGUCUACGAUGCCGCCUCCGGCAUGACUGUAACUGUGCUGCGCACGCUGCCUGAGAACCCCGCCACUGCCGACUUCACCAACCACGGGUACAACCGGGAGGAUGCCCCCCCGCCCCUGCCUGGACACAUGCGCAUGGGCAUCAGUGGGGGGUACGCUGUGAAAGACAUGGGCGAGAGAAGAGCGCACAUGAGGUGCAUAUUCACGCUAGACCUCAGAUUCCCUCCUGCGCUCGUCAACUUCAUUAUCCAGCAGUGUGGUGGAAUCUUGUACCAGUGGUUUACAGAGCGAAAUAUGGUCCAUAUUCCUUUCCCCCCUCCCUCCCCUGUGUCUCUAUUCCCCUUUCCCCCUCUCCCCCUCUCCCCCUCUCCCCCUCUCCCCCUCUCCCCCUCUCCCCCUCUCCCCCUCUCCCCCUCCCCCCCUCCCCCCCUCCCCCCCUCCCCCCCUCCCCCCCUCCCCCCCUCCCCCCCUCCCCCCCUCCCCCCCUCCCCCCCUCCCCCCCUCCCCCCCUCCCCCCCUCCCCCCCUCCCCCCCUCCCCCCCUCUCCCCCUCUCCCCCUCUCCCCCUCUCCCCCUCUCCCCCUCUCCCCCUCUCCCCCUCUCCCCCUCUCCCCCUCUCCCCCUCUCCCCCUCUCCCCCUCUCCCCCUCUCCCCCUCUCCCCCUCUCCCCCUCUCCCCCUCUCCCCCUCUCCCCCUCUCCCCCUCUCCCCCUCUCCCCCUCUCCCCCUCUCCCCCUCUCCCCCUCUCCCCCUCUCCCCCUCUUCCCCUCUUCCCCUCUUCCCCUCUUCCCCUCUUCCCCUCCCCCUCUCCCCCUCUUCCCCCUCUCCCCCUCUCUCCCACUCCCCCGCUCACCCUCUCUCGUCAGGAGCUGGCCAGGAUAUACGACGACCCCUCGAGCACCAAAGGAAAGGCGUUUCGCCAGGCUCUCCACGACGAGCCGCUCUACAAUCACGUCCGGGGAGCCAUGGAGAAAUAUCGUGCUGCCCGGGCAGCUGAACAGCAGCAACUGGAGGCCGAGCAGCAGCGGAAGCACCAGGAACUGGUGGGCGAUCAGCAAAACGGGCAGGCAGCUGGGGAAAGAAUCCAUCUAGUCAGCAAAGAAGAGGAGGAGAAGUCGUUUAGAGAGCUAGGAGCAGAAGUAGAGGCGAGAAUCGAGUCCCUUGUGUCUAGAAGAGCGAGCAGCAAUGGCAGCAUUGAUGUGGAUGGGGUAGAGAUUGUGGAAGCUGGGGAAUGGGGGGAUGUGGAGGCAAGACCAGGGGGAAAGGGCAUGGGGGUUGGGGAGGUGAAGGCAAGUGGAAGCAUGAAGGGAUUGCAGAUGGAUGGAGGAAGUCGAAAGGGUGGACUUGAGACCGGGGUAGGAGCAGCAGGAGGAGCAGAUGGAGGGGCAGAAGGAGGAGCAUUGGAGAGUGUGGGGACGGAGGCAGGGGGGGCUAUAAGCAGAGCUGCAGUGACUGCGGAGCUGCACAAAGGGCCGAAGCACCAAAAACUGCCGCUGCAGGAGCCACACAAGAGUGGAUGGGGAAGGUUGCGAAAGGCUUUGGCAGCGCUACGGAAGAAAGGCUGA